UGCUUUCAAAUCUUGAGAAGCCAAAGACGACUAGAACACACCAGAAAUGAGGAAUUGAACCCUUGUAUGAAAAUUCAAGCUCCAGAAUAACAACUACUCAUUUUGAUUUCCCUGUCCGAAACUUCAAAUACCCAUUUGUUUAUUCUUUUAGCUUUUUAUUAUUUAUUUUGCUUCUUUUGGGGAACACAGACCGGAAAAUUAAAAGAAGAAAGAAGAGAAGAUGUCUUGCUUUGUGCCGUUUAAUGACAAGAACUUGGAUAUCUCCUUGUUCGUUUUCAGAUCAGUUGUAGUCAUCAUAGAGGAUCUCAUGGACGCCCUCAAGCAAUUCUCCGUUUGCUGCGAGCGUCUUGGCUGUGCCCACUGCUCUAUCUUCAAGAGCAUCCAUGGAAACAUGAUUGUAUGGUAUGGAGCUUGGUUGAAGAGGUCGGAUGAGCAAAAGAAGCUACUCGAUGCUACUUUAAUGUCUAUGUUACAAGAUGUAUCCAGCAUGGCCAUCUUGCUGGACCACAGCUUCUUCAAUGCAUAUGCAGGUGAAUCCAAGGACGGUUUCUCAGGUGCAAAGUUCUCCACUGGCGACACAGUAUCCUUGAAUGCAUUGCUGCAGAGCUCCGAUGACUCGGCCGACCUCUCCUACUUAUGUCUCGCAUUGUUCAAGUCUUACUUCUUGAAGAUGGAGGGUGUCACUGGAGGGGUUUGCUUCAAGUGUGAUGAUCUUCCUAGGGUGGUUUGUCUAUAUGUGUGGAAGUCUCUCCACUCCUGUUACUCUUGGCUUCUUACCACUGACAUUAGAAGGACCAUUAAGCCCUACCUUGAGCCCUUUUCUCCUGAUAUCAAGUAUGACAUCUUUAGGGUUGUUUAUGUUAGGAAUGAGGAAAAUAUGCUCAACACCCACCACUUAUUUCCUUCUCCAAAGAUGCAAGAGAAUGUAGGGAACAAUGAGGGUGGCCAGAGGAAGCAGCAGGGAUUUGAAAAGAGUGAGAUUGAGGUUUGAAUAUUCUCAGAAAAAUUUUUUAGUGUCAUAUAUUACCUAUU